GGUACUUCAACCCCUCCGAUACCAGCGUAAGUUUAUACAUCAAAAAAAAAAACGAAACGAAAUCAUACAUCUAACGAUUAAUCUUCUUCGCACGGAUUGAUUUUUUUUACUAAUUGCAUGUUUUGAUGAUAUUCUGCUUCUACUAACAUAGCACUAGUAUGCAAAUGCUUUUCUUAUUUUUGCAGAUCAGCUAUAAAUCAACCAGGUAGGGCAAGCCCACAACCAGGGGGUUUGCCACCACCUAUAUCGCCGCUACGGCCAACACCAUCCAUUCCACCACGACCAUUUGAACGCCCACCAGUUCCACAACGAAAUUAG